AUUCUAACAAAUGCAAUUAUGUUUAAUUCAGGGAUUAUGCCAUAUCAGUGAGCUGAGUGCAAAUUGGCUAGCCAAGGCUGAAGAUGCUUUCAAAGUAGGAGACCACCUGGAUGUCAAGCUCAUUGAGAUCAAUGACAAGGGGCAACUUCGUUUGAGCCGGCGUGCAUUACUCCCUGAUCCCGAGCCAGAGAAGCAAAGUGCAAAGCCACGCAGUGCUAGCCUUUCAAAUGACAAUGUAGUUUCACCAAAAACUUUAGAUAAGGGUAAACCUAAGAAAGCUUUGACUGUAUCAAAUGAUGGUUCAGCAUCAAGAAGUGCGGAAUCUCUCAAGGACAAAACAUUUCCUAUGAAGUUAUCAAGUCCAGGGAAAGAAGCAGCCAAGAGAUUAGUAAGUCCAGAAAAGGAUGGACCAGACAAGCCCCAAACGAAGAAAAGUGACGGCAACAUCUCCAGCAAAAGUGGAAAUGCAGUAGUCAAUGGAGAGGCAAAAGUUGUAUAAUAAACCUAUACGAUGGGAGUGUGAUUCAGAACCAUUUUUAAAAAUGUUGCAGGUGUCUGCUGUCCUCUGAGAUGGAAAUAAAAGAGAAUAGGGACUUCAGAAGAGUUGAGUUAUUGGUUUGGCUGAUGUUCAAACAUAGUUCUUUUUGCUCCGUGAAACUGAGAGGGGUUAUGAUUCAAGCUUUGGCGUGAGAUUUAGCAGGUUUUGUUCUGACGGGUUUAACAGUGGAAGAAAAUCUAAAUGGAGUAAUUUUCUUGGCAUGCAUCCCGUGAUCGAGAUUCAUGGUUAUGAGGGAUCAAUACGAUCAGUCUCUAUACAUCAAUGAAGUUUUUUUUCUUUUUUCUUCUCUGCUGUAACUGCUAUGUAUGAUUGAAGUUAGGAACUGCAAGCUGCCAGAGCGCCAGCAAAUUAAACUUGAAGCCAAGUACUAAGAUUUAGGUGCCAUUGUCCUGGAAAUCUUCGGUUUCUACCAGAAAUUCCAGGUUCACAGCCGUAGUAUUGGAUGUAAUACCUUGAAGCUACCAACAGAUGGUCGAUGCUACUAAAGUCCACUUCAUUUGAUAUACAUAAAUAUAUACAUAUAUGUAUGUUGGGCAGUGUUC